AUGGAGGUUGUUAAAGUUGGGAAAUCCUUGGGGACUACAAUCAAAUACCCAGAAGAGAAAGGCGGCCAAUAUGCUGCUAAUUUGGAAGUAUUCCAUCAAUUACAUUGUCUGAAUCUUCUGCGGAAGGCGACAUAUUUCGACUACUACGCCGAUAAAGAGAUCAUGUUCAAGACAACUCCUCACAUGAUUCGUGAGCAUCUUGACCAUUGCAUUGACAUGCUCCGGAUAAGCUUUCAAUGCACCACCGACCUCACUCUGAUAACUUUCAAUGUCUCGACACCUGAAUUUCCAAAGGCAGACUAUAUACCUGACUUCUACACAAACCACAGAUGCAGAAACUUUGAACAGACGCUUGCUUGGUAUUACGAGCGCCGAAUUCCAUUUGAAUAA